ACAGCUAUAGUUGUCAAAAAACAGCUUUGGAAAAUUGUGACUUGUGUUCAGAGGUGCCUCAUGCGUCCAUUCAGACCUUCAUUCUGUCCUCAUUAUGCAAAGAACCGGAUGAUGUUUGAGCAGCUCAUACCAGUCCUGCAGUCAGCAUGAGCACCAGCACUCAAAUACACCAGCAAACCGAUCCAGCCAAAAACCAACUUGGAAACAGUUCUGACUGCGCAUCUCUGGGGCCCAUGACAGAUCCUUUGGAGCAGGCCGUGGAAGAUGGACCAUCAGAGAAAAAGAGUGUUGAUGAGCUUCUGGUAGGUGCAGAGUUGGCUCCAGCCCAAUCCCUAUGGACUACAGAGGCCAGCGGAUCUGUUCAGCUGAGAAUGGAUGAACUCUGUCCAGAACAGCCUAUUACAGUGCAUCAAAUGUUUAUCGCCUCCAUUCAGAAGUAUGGGAAUCUGCCUGCUCUGGCAACCAAAAGAGGAAACAAAUGGGAAAAUGUUUCAUUUUCUGAAUAUUAUCAGCGCUGUCGAAUGGCUGCCAAAGGCUUUCUGAAGCUUGGUUUGGAACGGUUCCACAGUGUAGCUAUCCUGGGAUUCAAUUCAGCAGAGUGGUUUAUCUCGGCAGUUGGAGCCAUCUUUGCAGGGGGUAUAAUGACAGGUAUCUAUGCCACAAACUCACCGGAUGCCUGCUGCUAUGUUGCAAGAGACUCAAGAGCCAAUAUCAUUGUUGUGGAAAAUCAAAAGCAGCUGGAUAAGAUUUUGCAGGUACAGGAUGAACUGCCCCAUUUUAAAGCCAUAGUACAGUAUUCUGGAUCUAUACGGGACAAGUUGCCCAAUCUCUAUUCAUGGGAGGAGUUCAUGAAACUAGGUCUGGAAGUUUCUGACCAUGAACUAGACAACAUCAUCAAUAGCCAGAGAGCCAAUCAGUGCUGCAUACUUAUUUACACCUCUGGAACUACUGGCACCCCGAAAGGAGUGAUGCUCAGCCAUGAUAACAUCACAUGGACAGCCCUCCAUGCAAGCAGGGCUGGAGACAUGCAGCCAGCUGAGACUUGGCAAGAGUCUCUGGUCAGUUACCUUCCUCUCAGCCAUAUUGCUGCCCAGAUUUAUGAUCUAUGGACAGGGAUCCAGUGGGGGGAGCUAGUUCACUUUGCUCAGCCAGAUGCUCUUAAGGGGAGUUUGAUAGACACCCUAAGAGAGGUGACCCCCUCGUCCCACAUGGGCGUUCCACGUGUUUGGGAGAAAAUUAUGGAAAAGAUCAAGGAAGAAAUUUCACGGUGUGGAUACAUGAAGAGGAAACUGGUGACAUGGGCCAUGUCUGUUAGCCUGGAGGCUAAUCAAAGGCUUACAAACGACGAGGAGAAGUCAUUCCUCUUUACUCUUGCGGACAGUUUGGUCCUGCAGAAGCUUCGUGCAGAACUGGGCUUCUCAUGCUGUGAGAAGUUCUUCACAGGAGCAGCACCUAUUGAGAGCAAAACCCUUCAGUUCUUCCUUGGUCUUAAUAUACGGCUGUAUGAGGCCUAUGGGAUGAGUGAAAGCACAGGACCACACUUUAUGUCUUGUUCAAAAGCAUAUCGAUUUCUUAGUUGUGGUAAGGUGGUUCCAGGCUGCAGAUAUAAACUGGCAAACAUAGGUGCUGACGGCAUUGGAGAGGUGUGCUUCUGGGGCCGUAAUGUCUUCAUGGGCUUCCUAAACUUGGAGAAUAAAACAAAAGAGGCUUUGGAUGAAGAUGGGUGGCUUCACUCUGGAGACUUGGGAAAGGUAGAUGAAGAUGGAUUUCUUUAUAUCACAGGAAGGAUAAAAGAACUCAUUAUCACUGCUGGAGGAGAGAAUAUCCCCCCUCUUCCCAUUGAAAAUGCAGUGAAAGAAGAACUGCCGAUCAUCAGCAAUGCCAUGCUCAUAGGAGACAAGAGGAAAUUUCUUUCCUUGCUGUUAACGAUAAAGUGCACAACUAAUCAAGAGACAAUGGAGCCCACUGAUGUUCUUAGCUUAGAGGCUGUGGAAUACUGUCAGCGGCUCGGUAGCCAGGCCACGAAAGUGUCAGACAUCAUGGGAGGAAAAGACAAGCUGGUGUACCAGUCUAUUGAUGAGGGAAUUGCACGGGUCAACUCAAGAGCAAUGUCAAAUGCCCAGCGCAUUCAAAAAUGGAUUAUAUUAGGGAAGGAUUUCUCAAUUGUUGGAGGAGAACUAGGACCUACACUGAAGUUACGCCGCUCAGUGGUGCUGCAGAUGUAUAACAGUGAAAUAGAGAGUUUUUACAGAGAAUAGAAGGUAUCCAAACCUAUUACAUCUCUAUUAUAUAAAAGAUACUGCUGAUGUUGACCUUUUUAACAAGAGUGAUAUUAUAGCAACCAUCCUUUAUAUGCUUUUCCAUCUAAUACUACUAAGUGCCUUAUAUUUUUAACUGCUAUCACAAAACAUACCAUAAAAUCAGACAGUUAUUGCGUUUUAAAAUGGUAGUUGGAUGUUAUAUGAUGUGUAAUAUUUCUGUAUGUUUUCAAGGA